CAGAAUGGGUAAGAAGAAAGGACAACCGAGUUCUAAGAACAACAUGGGGGGGGCCUUGAUAGCCUCUACUCAGCGUAGACGCAUGCAGCAUUCCACGGCUUCCAAGGUGGGGCUGCAUACGACGGAAUUUGGUGGGAAUAAAUCGACAGCUAUGGAAGGCUCCGUUUUGGAACGUAACGAUUUGGAGGAAUUUAUGAAGUUAGCAGAAGAAUCGCAUCGCGAAUUCGAAACUCAGAGAUAUGCUCAGCUAGUCGACGUUGACAGCCACGUGUUGGUUCGGGAGGAAGCUGCCGAGCAUGAGAAGCCGCAGAUCGAUAUUGAUGUUCGAAUCCCAAGACGUCCAUUUUGGACCCCGGGAAUUUCAGCGGAGAAAUUAGCUGAUAUGGAAAUGGACAAUUUCUUGUCGUGGAGAAAAACACUUGCAGACUAUGAAGAACAGCAAGGAUAUAUUCUCACUCCAUUCGAGAAAAAUUUGGAUUUCUGGCGGCAACUAUGGCGAACAGUUGAGCGGAGCGAUGUUAUUUUCCAAAUUUUGGAUGCUCGAGAUCCGCUGUUCUACUAUUGUGAAGACCUUACGAAAUAUGUUGAGGAAGUUGCGAAGGCGCAGGGGAGGAAAAAGUCUUCGGUUGUGUUGAUGAAUAAAAGUGAUUUUGUGCCAAAGGAAAUUCGUGAUGGGUGGAAAAAAUAUUUCGAGGAGGAGCACGCCGGAGUCCGACUUGAAUUCUUCUCGGCACUUCAGGAGUUAUCAAAAGUCAUGAAAGUUGCUGAAGAGGAUAGUACGGAAGAACUUGUUUCGGCUGAUAGCAAAGCGGCUCUCGGGAAAGGAAUUAAUGACGAUGAUAGUGAUGUACUCACGGUAGAAGGCCUGAUGGAAUUGCUGAAAAAAUAUGCUGCUGAAUAUGAUGAUAAAGUGACUAUCGGCAUGGUCGGAUUCCCGAAUGUGGGGAAAAGUACCGUCAUCAAUGCUCUCUGGGGAGCUAAAAAAGUAUCUAUGUCGCGACAACCUGGGAAAACUAAACAUUUGCAAACUCUGGAGUUGGUGACGGAAGAUUUUGGUGGUGGAAAUAAAAUACAAUUAUGCGAUUGUCCAGGGCUGGUGUUCCCUACGGCGGUGAGGAGUAAAGCGGAUCUCGUUAUUAGUGGUACAGUGCCAAUCGAUUACCUACGAGAUUACAGGCCUUCUAUAGAUCUGAUUGUUGAGAAAGUUGGACUGGACGAGUUGUUGGAGCAAUAUAAAUGUGCGGAGUAUUGCACGUUGAACUACAGAAAAUUGGGAAGAGCUCGAGCGCUGCUGUCGGCGUAUGCAUUGCGAUAUAAGAAAUUCUUAAAAUUAGGAGUCCCGGAUGAAUAUGCGGCUGCUAGGGUGGUGUUGAGAGACUAUUGUGUUGGAAAUACACCCCAUUUCGAAUAUCCUCCGAAUUUGCUAAUAUCAUCUACUGCUACUUCGACUGCAGUCAUUGACGAUAACAGUAGUGUUGUGGCUCCAGUAGUGGCGAGUAGUGACGAUGCAGAUGAGGGGGUUAUGGCUGAGGACGAAAUGGCUCUGGAACUGAAAGAUUUGCACGAAUUCCUGCAAUCUCGGGGAAAUGUUGAUGAAAAUGUAAAUGACAUUGACGAGAAAAAUGAGGAAAUGCGGGAGAAAAAGAAGCCGACAAAAAGAGCGUUGAGAAUGUCUAUGAAAAAAGCGGGAAAAAUUGUUCAUAAUCCUGGAUCGCAGGGAAGGGUUAGCCGGAGGCUGCAGGACCCGAAGAACCUAAGAUACUACCAAGUGUUAUAUAUUCCUCACGUUCCUACCAAGUAA